AUGUGCAGUACAGCAGGCUAUGCUCAUAAAUUUGAAAUAUACACAGGUGAAGAAUAUAAGCGGCUUCCAGAUGAACCUGAUUUUGGGCCUGUAGGAAAUGUUCUGAUCAGACUAACCAGAGAGGUCCCAAGAAACAUUAAUCACAUAAUAUACUUUGAUAACUUGUAUACUUCUGUGCCCUUAAUUACCCAUCUUGCAAAACAAGGGAUAUACACUCUGGGCACUGUCCAAUCUAAUAGGCUUGUCAACUGUAAAUUGCCAGACAAAAAGGCCCUAAUGAAAAAAUCUGUUCCUCGGGGGACCUAUGAAGAGCAGAUGACCACUUUUAAAGGCAUUGAUUUGACAGCUAUUUGCUGGAAGGAUAAUAAAGCUGUCACUUUGCUGUCUACAUAUGUUGGAGCAGAACCUGUAACCCAAGUAGACAGGUUUGAUAAAGCAAAAAAAGAGAAAAUCAAGAUUAAUUGCCCUUACAUAAUCAAAGAGUAUAAUGCUCAUAUGGGUGGAGUUGAUCUUAUGGAUAGCUUCAUAGGAAGAUAUCGAAUUUCUAUGAGAAGUCGAAAAUGGUAUCUUCGUAUCUUUUACCACCUACUGGAUAUGACUGUAUUAAAUUCAUGGUUGACAUACAAAUAA